CGUCCAAUGCACAUGUGCUUCCCAAUUGUGGUGCUCCAGGUGUGCUCCUUCAGCCAAGACAGUAUCCCUCACGCAACCCACUUGCUCCAAGGUGUCUUCUGAGUGUGGACAGGUGAGUGGGUGUGAGGUCAAGGUGGACUUAACCACCUCUUGAGGAUUUGUCGUCGUAUAGUGGAGAAACACUAACGAAGGUGAAAAUUAAUUGGUCAUUUGUUGGUGGAAUUCUAUCCUGUGCAAAUGGAUAAUUAAUUGUUGUGUGCUUGUGUCCACAAGAGAGUUAGAUAAGAGUAAACUCGGAUGUUAUAGUGGUAAAAAAUAAGCCAAGAGGAUUUACGAUUUUAAUUAAUCACCCAACGUGUAUUUCGGGAAUUAAGUGUGUAUCCUAGUCCCCAGUGGAGUGAUCCAAAUUGAUAAAUAAUUUUCCACACAUCGUCCAAACGUUGUCUCUCCGUGCAGAGUUAUUUCGGCAACUUUCAGACAACUAAACGAGUCAUUUACACCGUUGUUGUCCUGAGGUACGCAAUCAACCAUUCCCGAAGGGACUGAGUGAAUAAUAAAAGCUACUGAAAAGGCCAUAAUUGUGAGGAUAGGCAUCUAGGAGCACAAUGGGAAGCUUUUGCAGUGGGUGACAUUUUGAGGGAGUGUCCGGAUUAACAGGGAUGUCAAGUACUGUGCUGCACUCCUGAGAAUGCUCCUGAAACCUCUUAAGCCAUGACAGACUGCAGUGGUUACGACUACGGGCCGUCGAGGUGGUCGACUGGACGCCUGACUCCAGUCACGUACGCUCUGAUUCUCCUGCUGAUGAGUCGACCAGGCAGGAGCUAUCAGAGUUCUCUCAACGACACAGCAAUUCAGUGUCCCAGUUUUGCAGAGAAUUCAGCCUGUCCCUGCUAUAAAUUCGACGACGGACUCUUCCUGGAGUGUCCAGGAACAACGGCUCAUUCGCUGCGUAGUACACUACAACUCAUUAGGGCACCAAUUCAGUCACUCUCCGUAUAUGAUUUCGACAGAUCAGUGACUUCAUUAUCAUCCGAACUGUUCGCCGGGGAAAUUCAUAUCCGUCAUCUGCAGUUCUCGCACUCUCACCUGCAAUUUCUAGCGGACAAUAGUCUACGUAAUCUCCACUCAUCGCUCGAAUCUCUCAGCAUUGUCAAUGGGAAAUUGACGCAGGUUCCGCACAAAGCACUGUCUGGCCUGGAGCGGCUCAUGGUGCUGGAUUUGGAGUCAAAUGAAAUCACUGAGACUUUCAAUGGGGGCUUCGAUGGUCUCCAUUUGGUGAAGCUCAACAUGAAGAGCAAUGCCCUGGAGACAAUCCCCGUGGAUGCUUUCAAGGGGCUGGAAAUGUCUCUGGCCGAGGUGGAUUUGUCAGAUAAUAAGCUAAAAUUAUUUCCAAUGAAUGCACUCACCCAUUUGGAUAAUCUCCGGUCGCUGCGUGUGGCAUUGAAUGGGAUUAGCGCAUUCCGAUGGGAUGGUGUAUCACGGCUCGUGUCACUCCAAUUUCUCGACAUUAGUUCCAAUAGUUUGGAACAGAUUGACGAGGACUUCUGUAUCCCAUUUACCAAACUCAAGACACUUUCCCUCUAUUCCAAUCUUAUUGAGACAGUCCACAGAAAUGCCUUCAGGAGUCUACAUGAGCUCAUGAGUCUCGACAUGAGUCACAACAAUAUUAUCCACUUGGAUGGGGGAAUUUUUGCGUGGAACAAGAAGCUUCAGACUGUGGAUUUGAGUCACAAUCACAUCCACUACAUCAAUGGUGUCUUCUGCAAUCUACCCUUGUUGCGGGAAGUAUUUCUCACUGGCAACAAUAUUCUCGAAUUGCCUGGUGAUGCCUUUACAAAUUCCACCCAGAUCAUCGUGAUAUACCUGGAAGCCAAUGCAAUUAGGCGCUUGGAUGGCAAUGCUCUUAGAACACUCAUGAAUCUCGAGCAGUUGCAUCUUAAUUCCAAUUUUAUACCCCAUCUUCCAAGCAAUUUCCUGGAAAAUACAGCUAAGCUUACAUCCCUGAGCUUGGAUGCGAAUGAAAUCAGUGAACUGGAACGGGGUACUUUUUCCAGACUAAAUAACCUGCGUUUGUUGAGACUACAGAACAACCGUAUACGUUUGAUCAGGCGGAGUGUCUUCUAUCCACUGCCGAGUUUGUUAGAACUACACUUACAUAACAAUCGAAUUGGAGCCAUUGAACCAGCAGCAUUGGCAAGCCUAAUGAGCCUUCAAGCCAUUACGCUACAGAAUAAUCAUGAGCUCAAUCAGUUGGAAGCCGUCUUUCCAGCCGAUCAAUCAGCCAUCGUAUCCAUUCAGCUGGAAUCCAAUGAGAUCACGAACAUAGCUGAAGGUGCAUUGGCAGGUCAAUCUAGUGUUCAAGUCCUCUGGCUCAGUAACAAUCAUCUACAGACCCUAAACCGCACCCUCUUAAGGGAUAUGCAUCACUUAGAGCGGCUCUAUCUUAACAACAAUUCGAUCUCCUCCAUCUCUGCUGAUGCUUUCCAAGCCAUGGUGGUCCUACGAUUGCUCGAUCUCAGUCACAAUCGUCUCGAACAUGUGACAAGAGAUAUGUUUUCUGAGCAUUUGGUUGAAUUGGAAGACCUGAAUUUGGCCAACAACAACAUUCAAGUCAUUGAGGGCAGGGCUUUCGGGAAGAUGAAAAAACUCAAGACACUGGACCUGUCCAACAAUUUCAUCACCCUCCUCAAUAGGGAUAUUUUUGACGGACUACCAGUUGCAGUCCUUAGUAUUCGGAAUUCUUCUGUAUCCAGAAUAGAUAUAGGCACUUUCCGUGGAAUGACCAAUCUCAAUGAGUUAAAUCUAGAAGAGAAUAACCUAAUCCCGGCUGAUAUUAAGCAACUGGAUAUCCCUAGCUUACGGACUCUACGAGUGGGGAGCAAUAACUUUACAGAAAUCGUUACAGGGAUCUUUGACAAACUUCCCUCACUUCAGAGUCUUGUGGUGACAAACUGUAGCAUACAGGUGCUUCCAGAAGCCAUCUUCGCCAAAAAUACCAAUCUCGUUAGAAUUGACUUGAGCAGAAAUCGGAUGAAGAUCAUAAAGAGAAACGUCUUUAGUGGCCUCAAUGUUUUCAAGGAGCUACGACUCGAUGGUAAUAUCUUUACGGAUUUUCCCAAUAUUGCUCUGCAGAAUAUCUCAACGCUAGAGACACUAACAAUGGCCAAGAAUACUCUUACGAGUGUGGAUUUCUUCAGAUUGAACGGAUUACCGAGUCUUAGGCAUCUGGAUCUCAGUGACAACUCUAUUUCACUCGUCAGUGGGUUCAACACCUUUAAUUUGACGCAACUGGAUUUCGUAGAUCUCAGUGGGAAUAUUCUUUUGUCAUUGCCUGCCAACUUCUUCCAGAACUCCUACAGUUUGCAUCGUGUUGAUCUGGCUCGGAAUCGCUUCCGUCAAAUACCGAGUUCAGCCUUAUCUGAGAACUCCCUACCAAGAUUGAGUUGGCUCAAUCUCACGGGAAAUCCUCUCACUGAGUUCUACUACGGCAACGACAAUCAGAGAUUUCCCCAUCUCAAAGAGAUUCACAUUACCCGAACGAACAUUUCAAUUGUUACAAGUAGGGAUUUUGUGGUCUUCCCAGCUCUGCAGCAUUGCUAUCUCGUGCAAAAUCGUAUUGGAAGAAUAUCUCCAGGAGCCUUUUCAACGCUCUCGCAACUUUUGACUCUAGAUCUCAGUCUUAAUGAACUCACGAUUUUACCCAGGGAAAGACUCCAGGGCCUUAAGCAUCUGAGAAUGCUGAAUUUGUCUCAUAAUAGCCUUAAGGAACUUGAGGAGUUCACUGAUGACCUAGGCAAUUUGCAGACACUCGAUCUCUCUUUCAAUCAACUGAGUAGGAUUGGAAAAAUUGCUUUCCGGCAUCUGAUUAGACUGACGGACCUUUAUCUACGGGGUAACAGACUGACGACUAUUUCAGCCGAGGCUUUCAGGAAUUUAAGAAAGCUGAAUGUACUGGAUUUGAGGAUGAAUUACUUCGAGAAUCUUCCUUUGAGAGCACUAAGGACCAUUGAGACCCAUGUUAAGACCUUAAGAGCUGAAGAUAAUCCUAUAUCUUGCUCCUGCGACACCCAAGAGUUAUGGGAGUGGCUACGUGACCAUCAGAAGUGGAUGAUGGGUCAGCAUCAUGUGCACUGUGAUCAACCGAUGGAACUGCGGGGGAGGGUGCUGUUCGAGAUGCAGCCUCAGGAAUUCUGUGAUGCACCACUAAUUCUCAAAGUGGCCAUUCAGGACAUUCAGCCCUACUCUGUGAUUGUUUCCUGGCAGAGUCGAGAGUAUACCGGUCUUACUGGAUACCAUGUAGUCUUUCACCCUCUCGACAUUCUGGGCAAUGAGAUCUUCACAAAGACUCUCAAUCGUUCAGCUAGUUCGACUAAGCUUGUUAAGCUGGCUUCAAGCACACGGUAUAGGAUUUGCGUACUGGGUAUUGGUAAUUGGGUGGCAUUCCAACAAGCCCCAAUGAUAGAUCCUGACUCAACGGAAUGGUCAUCUCCUAAUCAGAUAAGCUCUGGACCAGGUGGAGAUUAUUUUCCAGGAGAACUUGAGCGGCUCCUGAGUGACAAUGCAACGACCAAGUGCCAGGAAGUUACGACUUUGGACGCUUCUCCGAGUCUCAUGAUGGAUGAUAAUGGUGUAGCUGGACAGAGUUUUAUACAUUCAAUUCUGACUAGACGUUUGGGACUGAUUGUUGGCUGCGUAUUGGGAAUAAUUGUUUUCAUCGUACUGAUAUCGGUUUUGGGAUGGCUGAAGCUAAAGAAGCAGCGAAUUAUUGAGGCCAAUAAACGUCUGCAGCCAAUGCAACCAGAAUUUAUAACAUACCGACACUUUUCGAUUCCCAAUGAAGAAGCAAAUCGGGUGGAUAAUUGCCAUCCCAAUUUCAUAGCCACCAACACCAAUUUGCUGGGUAUGACGACUCUCAAUGCGUAACAAAGUGAAAGGAUCCAGUGCAAAGCGUGCUCCGAGAGAUACAAGGCCAUCAUGUAUGACGUUUUCCUCUUCAAGCAAUUAAACUAAUUGAAAAUGAGCCUUUAAUUAGUGCGACAGUGCGGAGAAUGCGACAUUUCUUGAGCAUCCCAUUCCAUCUUCCUUCAUCCCUUCCCAUCACACGUCCAUAUUCCUCAUGGGUCGCCUCCCCGGCGUUCAUAUUGCGGGUGAUAAUUCAUGAAUCUGUGGUGAGCGCAUGAAAAAAAAGUAUUCCGAGGAAAGAAACAGCGCUGAAUGCCCUUUUCGGGAUGAAAGAUGUAAAAAAAAGUGAAUGUGAAAAGGACAAAAAGUAGAGGCAAUGCGAACCUACCCGGCUGACACAUAGGCCUUCUUCUUAGUGAUUCGGUAUUUCAAGGAAUUCUCGUAAGUGUUUCGACGUAGUUGAAUUCGUAGACCAAGAUUUUAAACUACCUCUUACGAAUAGCAAAGUUUUUCAUCCACUUAUCACUUAGAAUGAGACCUCUGCCUUUGGGAAAAGUCUUUUCGACAAGCCCAAAUUCAAAUUUGUAUAAUGUCCGAUUUAAAAUUAUAUAAAAAAUAAGAAUGCUACUGCCAUGUGAAUUGCUUAUCUAUCCUUAAGUUGAAAGAAUAAUAAUAAUAUAUUGACCACACAAUGCACACAAAUUCAAAGAAAAGUAUUAAAAUUUAAAAACACUGAGUAAUAUUGACUUGAAAGGAUGAAAUCGAAAAUAGCUUUUUUGUGCGCAAGUGUUAAAAGAAAAUAUUAUUUGCUGGAAAUUGCAUAUAUGCCUUUCAAAGCCCUACAUUUUCAAAUUGUCCUGUAAGUAUUCGUUCAAACGGGAGUAUUUCGAAAUAUAUCUCACGACUGUCAUAUACGAAUAAGACUUGGAAAAUCUCACCUAGUCGUUUAUUCUUUCGAUGAAAUCAGUUUAAGCAAAAAACGGUUUAGAAUGUGUUGAAAACACGCACAGUUCAAGAAUAAGAUGGUUCGGAUGCUUUAGAUUGUUCUAAAACACGCACAGAUCAAGAAUAAUACGAUCAAGAUCAUGCUAACUACCCGUACAGCUCAAGCAUAAAACUGUUAAUAUUGUGCUGAAAACACGCACUUGGAUUAAACUAAAACGGUUAAGAUUAAGAAAACUGUCAAGAAUUUAGAUCUGAGCUUAUGCUGGAUUUUAACCGUUUUAGCAGCAUCUUAAGCGUUUUGUGCUAGAACUGUACGUGUUUUUAGCACAAUCUUUAUCUUGAGUUAUCUAUAUUUUAUGCACAAUCUUAAACAUUUCUUAAUUGAGCUUAAGUGUUUCUAAAACAGUUUUAACUCUUUUAUGUUUAAACUGUGCAUAUUUUCAGGCGAAUUUAAUCGGAUUUAUUCUUGAGCCGUGAUUGUUUCCAGUGCCAUUUUAACCGUUUUGUGGUUGAACUGUGAGUGUUUUCAGCACAAUCUCGAGCGUUUUAUACUUUACGUGUGUAGUAGGGGAAUUCUGUGAUUUUUAUAGCAUUAUCACACGUGAGUUUGAAAUCUGACAACGCCAAUCGAGCUUUUUUUCUCAUAUAACAUGAGUUCGAAAAUGCAAAUAAUCUAUUUUUUAAUGAAAUUUCCUUACUUGAUGAUAUAAAGAAUUAUGCAAAUACAGUUCAUCUUGGUUGAUUAUUUUUAUAAAAUUCAUUGAUAUUUAAAUUGCCAGAAAUCUGAAAUAUUUUCCAAAAUAUUUCAAUCAUAAAGUUUUCCAAGUGAAAUAUGAAUCUGGGUAUAACGCAGUGGGACAUUUUCAGUCAGAUAGUAAAAUUUGGAAUCAAAAUACUUUGGUCUAAAUUGGCAUCAACAGCGGAAUUAGGCGCAUAAUGGAUAAAAUGAUAGAGGACCCACUCUAUAUUGCAAGUAGUGUUUCGGGUUCGAAUCCCCUUUAGGUUAUCAGGAAUUUUUUUGGCAUAGAAGGUGUUCGACUUGCAUCAAGUGACUUGUUUUCACAGAUGGGACUAACUUCAUCCCUGUAUAAGAAAAAAAUAAUAACGAAUGUCUAGAAAUCCCACUUGUGGGAAGGCCUAGUUCCUUUAUGGGGUAUUGUGCCAGCAUUAUUUUUUUAUUACUUCUAUUAUGAAACAAAUUUUCAUUCUCCGAUAAGGAUUUUGAAUUUUAUUUAAAAGAAAUGGAAAUUUUCACUUAGUUUACAAAAGAGAAUUUUAACACUAAACCUACAGACCGUUUUUAGUCGUUUCUCGGUCAAACGACAAAUCGCGAUAGGGUAGGAUACUCAACAAAUUUGUCUUGGAAAAUACCAAAAAAUUAAAAUUGAAACUCUGAAAAUAUAUUACAUGCAUAUUUUAAGAAAUUCAUAAAGUUUGAUAGUGACAUUGUACCGUUUAAAUAUGUGUUAAUUUUAAACCGGUCAAUUUGACCGGGUCAUGGUAGGUUUAGUGUUAAAUUAAAACAUUUCAAUAGAUUAUUUUUAAAUAUAAGCCCUCUGUUCGAGGUCCAUAAUGCACGAUUAAUUAAUUUGAACUUACAAAAAGGUAACUUGAUUUAUCGAUUUUCUGAACAAAUACACUUAGAAUUAAUUCAAUCAACGGUUCAGUAUGAAAAAAAAAUCAAAAGCAUUUUUUCUCUUACUAUUUUUUUAUUAAUAUUUUGCGUUGGGCCUAAUUAGUCAAUAGUCAGAUAAUCCAUAAAUACAGAAAGUUUUUGAAAUUUCUAAGUAGGAAUAUGUAUAAUAAGGAUAAUGAUCUAAUUGAAGCGUAGAAAUGAACUUUAGAAUGAAUUUAAAAUAAAAAUAUUGAUUCAAUUUGACGUAAACUAAUAAUAAAUCACAGGUUUUAAAGUCCAAAUUUGUUGUUUUUAAAUCCAUUUUUGGAGAUUUUCGCAAUAAAUCUGAAAAAUAAUGUGCAAUGUUAGCAGUAAAAUGCGAUCGGCUAAGCAAAUUGUGAUCUUAGUAGAUUCAUGACGGAAUGUCAGCCGGGAUAGUUAAAGGAGUAGAAAAAGUGAAUCGUUUCACUGCAAAGGAUACCAUGUAAGAUGCUGAAUAAUGGGGCACCAUAAAAGAAGGGCAAAUUAAGACUUACGAGCUUCCAAGUAGAAAAAAAAUCACCAACCUCAUUAGGAUGUCUCUUUCACACUUUCACCCGUUUGAGGCGGGUGGCAAGAGAAAGGAAUUCCUGAUGAGAAUCUUUCCUACUCAUUAACUACCAUCUUCCGGAGGCCUGAACAUGGUGCAGACAUUCUCCCCAAAGGCACUUUUGGAUGCCAACUCCUUAUUCCCCAACAAAAUGCCUCACAUUCCUGCAAUUGUGAGCUCAGUAUUUGUAUAAUUUCGAUCGACACCCCACAAUUUUUGCCUCUCCGGCGAGAUUCUGUGGGCACCAGGAGGAAUCCUGAUGGAAAACCGAUGGCAACUUUAUGACAAAUUGCCCUUCUUCUGCCUCAACGACGCUAUACGAGAAAGUUUCCUUAACAGAAAGGCUCGUUCGUAAUUGCAGGGCAUGGGUGGAAAAUCAUGAGAAAAAAACUCAUUCAUUUUUGGAUGUUUCUCUCAGUGAAUUUUAUGCUCCACUUCUUGUCUUUUUCUCAAUCUUACUUUUUGUCUCAUCCUCCUGCAAAUCCUCGAAAGACAUUCAGUCAAAUUGGGAGAAAGGAAAAAAAAUACCCACAGAUUCUUCCCAUAAUAAACAUUUUCCUUUUUGUGUCUCCUCAAGCCACACCAUCUUCAGAACAAAUAAAAUUAUUCGUCGAUUUUCCACACACAUACACCCAAAGUUUUACCAUUUGUGAACAUCAAACAAGUAUGUGAGGAACUCUUGAGAAAAUUAAGCAUGCAUUAUUCAGAGGUAACAUCAGCGUUAAAGUAUAAAAUCGAUGUGUUUUUGUGUAAUGUAAAUUUAAUGAGGCGAUUCUCAUCACUGAGAUCAUCGUUCCAAUACAUUUUUUAUAAUACCUUAAUUUUAAUUUAAUAUUUAUACCUUACACCACAUUACAAUGAUGGAGAAACAAUAUAUACAUGAUUUAGAAAACAUAUUGUUUAAUUUAGUCAUUGUUAUAAGUAUAACAAUAAAGAGUAUUAAAUGAGGAUACUUUAA